AUGGCCGGCGUAACUCAACCCCCCUACCCCCUCCAUCCCUCCAUCGCCUCUCGCAUCCAUCCCGAGUAUGCCGCCUUUUACAACGAAUACAUCAUCAACCAACAACAAGUCCACCUCCAACCCGUCGCCGCCUCUCGCACAUCAGGCGUCCUGAUCCCCGGUGGCGGUCCCGUUCUACCAGUCGGCAAAACAGAGGACAUCGCCAUCAAACGCGUCGAAACUGAAGGUCCUGAUGUGUUGGUGCGAGUAUUCACACCCGAAACACCAGCCCCGGAAGGUGGAUAUGGCGUUAUGUUGUAUAUGCAUGGAGGUGGAUGGGUGUUGGGGAACAUAAAUACCGAGAAUACGGUCUGCACGAAUAUCUGUAAGAGAGCGGGUGUUGUGGUUGUUAGUGUUGAUUAUCGACUUGCUCCCGAAAACCCCUUCCCAGCCGCCGUGCACGACUGCUGGGAAGCCCUCCUCUGGCUUCACACCCCUUCCACAAUUUCUCAUCUAAACAUCAACGUGACCUCCAAACUCAGCGUCGGCGGCUCCUCUGCCGGCGGCAACCUCGCCGCCGUCCUAACGCACAAAGCGCUCCUCGAACGACCAGGCCAAAUCAACAUCGUCGCGCAAGCCCUCAGCGUCCCCGUAACCGACAACACCGCCACUCCCCAGAACAACUGGGCAUGGAAAGAAUUCGAAUUUACAGCCGCAUUACCAGCGCUGAAAAUGAUGUGGUAUCGCAGACAUUACCUGCCCGAUGAGAAAGAAUGGAGCAACCCCGAAGCGUCGCCGCUGUUGUAUGGUAACGAAGAUGGGCAUUGGGCGAAGUUGCCGCCGGCGGUUGUGGUGGUGGGAGAGCUGGAUGUGCUCAGGGGUGAGGGGGAGGCGUAUGCGAAGAAGUUGCAGGAGAAUGGGGUUAGGGCGGAGGUGCAUGUUAUGAAGGGGAUGCCGCAUCCGUUUUUGGCGAUGGAUGCAGUGUUGGAGGCGGGGAGGGAGGCGAUUACGUUGUUGGUGGAGGCUGUUAAGAGUUCUCUUUGA